CCUGACAUCCCUACCACCAAAAUUUCUUAACUUUUGUGACUUUGUUUUUGUGAGAUUAUCAUCGAUAUUUCGAGACUAAUGCAUUGUAAAAGCUUGUCCUGAUAAUAAGUAGAGCUUUAUGUAGAAAGUGAAAAGUUCAUUUAAAGUAUUUUGCGCAGCUAACAAAAAGCAACUUCUGUCAUAAUUCCGAUCGACAUUGCCGACAAAUCUAAAGUUUUUUUUUCCAAAGAACAUUCUUGAAAGUGUCCGAGUUUGAGAGGAAGUUGGAAGUACGCAUAUUUAAUCGUAGUCGUCAUGGGUGCGAGCAACCCUAAGAUGAGUCCUGAAGAGGACCCUCUGAGCCCUGAGGAACGAGAGAGGCUGAAAGCAGUUUUCCAGCAGGUGGCUGGAUCGUCAAAUGUGGCUUCACGUGACAAAUUGCAGGCUUUUUGGCAAAGUCGAGUCACCCCUGCCCUUCUGAAGCUGAUCAUGGCCUACUUGGGCUCUUCACAAAUCACAUUCCACCGCUUGGCCACUCUUUACGUGCAUGUCACUCGAGGUUCGACCGACGAACAGGCCUCGCAGAUUGUGGCCCUUGCCUCUGGUGGUGGCAAAUCGGCCACUUCUGGCCAAGUGGUGGCCUACGUGGACGCCCUGACGGCCUCCUACCUCGAGGUGGCGGCCAAGAAGUGGAGCCAGCUGCCUGUCGGGAUGACCAAACUCACUGCCGUCGGCUUCUGCCACGACUUGCUUUUCCCUGGCAAGCACACCAAGGAAACCCUAGUGGCGGUGCCUCCCGAAGACCUGCCCAUCACAGAAAUGGAGGCCUCCAAGUGGCUUGCGGCCGCUCCAGUAGGCCUCUUUGCUAUGCAGGCGGCCGUUUUCAACUGGCUCUUCUUCGAGGUCGAUCCGUCCCUGGACAAAGGUCGACUGAUGCCCCUGUGCAAAGGUCUGCAAGACCCGGCUGCUUCCAUUCUGGACCAGGCGUCUGUGGCCUUUUUGGCCUCGGCUCUGCCACACGAUUUCAGGAAGGAGUGGCGCUUUUUGUUCUCCAGUGCCAUUCAUGGAGAGAGUUUUUCCAAAAUGCUCGGAAACACGAUCUGGCAGGGUCCGACUUUGGUGCUGGUCAGGGACACGAGCGGACACGUCUUCGGUGGAUUUGCAGUGGCCCCUUGGAACAUGAGCCCGCAGUUUGUUGGGGACAACAGGUGCUUCUUAUUUAAUCUGAAACCCAAAAUGGCCAUUUACCCCUCAACUGGCUACAACGAGCACUACCAGUACUUGAACGUGCAACAGCAGACUAUGCCCAAUGGAUUGGGCAUGGGAGGGCAGCUUGGCUACUUUGGCCUUUAUCUUGAUGCCAGCUACGGCAAAGGUUUCUGUUCUGAGAGCUGCACCACCUACCACAGCCCCAUGAUGUCCACCACUAAAGAUUUUGAUGUUAGCCACCUUGAGGUCUGGGCUGUUGGUCCUCCUCCUCCACCACCAGAGGAAUUGGGUGAGCGACCCAGUGUGCUUGACUUGGACAACGAGGCAAAGGCAGUUCUGGCCAUGGCUGGCAAGGAGCAGAAGAGUGAUGGUUGGCGAGAACCUCCUGAGGUUGAAUAGGAGAGCUGCAAAUAACGGCUCAAAAUCUUGUACUCAAGGCAGACUGGAAUCGAGGAGAAGACUGCUGUAUCAUAAAAUCUAAUAAUUCCACUUUUUAUAUUUGAUUUUUCUGAUAAGUUUUGUAUUUACUUUGUACUGAAGAAAAGGGUUACUACUAAUUAAAAUUUAAUUUAAUUUUGCACCUGUUGGUUGUGAGACAGAUUAAUGUAAUAAAAUUUGGUACUUUAGGUGGCAGCUCCACUAGAAAUGUUAUGUAAGCUACAUCGAUAAAUAAAGAAGUGUGCCACAAAGUAAAUA